CAUCACUACCUGUAACUAUAGGAAGUCUGCGAAGGCGAAGGAAUGACAAACAUAAUCCUUUUCCCUCUUGUGACUUUCUUGAGGCCAUAUUUGUCGCAUGUCUAUCCAGCUAAGACUGAGGCUGGAUGAUUCUUUCCUCGACAUCGAGGAUGCUUGUCAAACCCAACCUGGUGUCGUCCGCGACAGUCCCCUAUCCGCUCUCCUUUUGCUUCCGCUUGACGAAGAAAAUAUUCAGCGCAUUCAACUGGGCGAGGCUUUUCGCCACUCUCUCCAAGCUGGGCGAGAAUCAACACCAUGUCGCCUCCAUUCUAUUAUCUCAGCCUGCAAGGAAGGGAAGAUUGACGACGCUUCACUUGAAGCUAGAUUUUUCCGACAUGGAGGAGUUCGCGCUGUCACGGCCCUUGCGGCGGCAGGUGCAGACGACAAUAACAUUUUAAGUCAGCCGGAAGGUCAUGGAGAUGAAGAGUUGGGGUCCUUCUUGAAAUCUAUCGACACGAUUAAGUGGCAUCCAGACCUGGAAUUUAUGGCUGAGGUAACCGACAGGAAACGCCCGUCAAUAACGACAAAGGAAACGUACCUCGUCCGGCCCCGGCCUCCGCGGAGUACGAAGAGGGCCAAUGCGGACAAGCGAACAAGCCACAAAAAUUCGGGGCGUUUCUCCCGUCCUGCUCGUCGGACUGGGCCAAAUGCCGCAGAGCGAUCCAACAUCGGGACUCAAGGCCGUAUACUCUCCUCAGACCAAUCCCUAUCCUGUCCUGGGAGUCCGGAGGUUGCGAAACAAACUUCAGCGGAAGGAUGUCUUUCUGGCGAUGAAAUCAUGGCCGAGUGCUAGACUUUGACAACAACUAUAGGAUUGACUUGGACGGUAUCGAGGGAGUGGCAUGUUCUCCCAACCUGUUCGGGUCCGAGAACUAUGGAAUCGAUUCGGCCUCGUAAUUGGUCCCCGAGGGAUUUGUGCCAUUCACUUACACACGUAGCUUUCAGGAGCCCUUUCUGUUUCAGCUGCAUUCACCUCUUGUGUGGCAUAUGGUGGUUGGGUGGAAUGUCUCUUUUCACGCAAAAGACCCUCAGAUUACGUUCAGAGACAUUACUCAAGUGCGUAAUUUUUGCUCGAUCGCCCGACUCCGCUCUCCUACAAAGAGUGCUCGUGAUGUCCCUUUCUUGUGAGUCAGUUCAUCCUCGUUAUCAUAUUCAAACACAUUAGACGUGCCAAAGCAAGAUGCCUCGUACAUACCGCUACAACGUCCGAAUGUCCUGCGGAGGCUGCGCUUCCUCCGUCAAGCGCCUCGUCAUUGGCGUACCAGGCGUGAAGUCCGUUGACUCCUCCGUCGAAGCACAGUCUGUCACAGUGGUUACAGAUGAUGGCGUGACCUUCGAGGCCAUCUCCCAAGCGAUUCAGGCAUCAGGAAAGGAGGUGCAAGGCGGAGAGGUGAUAUCGGAUGGAGAAGAAAACAAAGCAAACUAGGUCGACAUUGGCAGAACAUGAAGAGUGUCAGGAGGCGAAAAGACCAUUUUUAGUGCUACGUAUCUAUGGCUGGAAAGCUUGAGAGACUGGAAGCCUAUUGUAGGGACUGAAUUCCUGUCGAGCAGCAAGCAUGGAAGAUCUGAGGACUGGGGUACUUUGAGUGGAUACUGUGUACUGGGGGACGAUCAACGUGCGGACCAGAUCUUGUUGAGGCAGCUCAAAACACCCCAAAGCAACCGAUAUAAAGAAUACUUCACAAUUGUUUGAUUACAACAUUGGACUGACCGUACGCCGAAUGAAUUUUCCAAAUGCGUGAGCAUCAUGUCUCUUUGGUACAAGUAUUGUAAAACCAAGCUCAUUGGGCCGUCGUGAUCACUCGUUCUGCAAUUUCACUCCCUGGUCUCCUCUGGCAAUGAAUGGGCAAUUGAGAUAGCAAGCUUCAGCAUAUAG